ACCCGUCUCAUUUCUUGAGUCCGCUUGUGGAGAAAAAAUUAGCCUGUCCGCCGCCUAACCGAAGAAGAGUGCGCUUCAUUUUCAAGGCGAAAGUUCACACGCACCAGCCACACAGUAGCUCUUUGGAUGACCCACGCCGUUCCUAAGGUCUCUGCAUCCGUGUGUACGCGUGCGUGUCGUCGCCAGCAAGAGUGUUGCUUCCUACGACGAAGACGGCGGCCGCUAACGAGAUGGCCAACCCAGAGCAGCAGGACGUGCUUGCGACGCCCUCUGUUUUGGAGUGCCCCAUAUGCAACGAGCAGUACGGAACCGAGUACGACACCACGCCUCGUGUCUUGCGAUGUGGACACACCUACUGCACCAAAUGCCUCGCGCAACUCGUCAGUAUUCAUGCCGGGAAACGCUAUGGGGUCAAGUGCGCCUUCUGUAGCUCCCUCCACGAGCUGUCAAGGCCCGACCCGAAACUCAUACCGGUAAACCACGCGGUGCUCGAAAUUAUUAAGAUCAGCGACUCUAAACGGGUCGAUACCAAAGUCGUCGGUCCGCAGUGUGAGUACAAGGGGCUGCACUGUGAGGAGGGGGCGACGUGGGUCUGCUUCGAUUGCAACCCGACCAAGAACAACACCCUGUUUUGCAGCAUGUGUAUCAAGACGGAGCACAAUCGUGGGUUUGAGCCCGUCACGCGACAUCGACGCAUGCUCAUGACCGAGGUAAACAAUCCGCACGCUGCCUACUGCUUGUACCACCCGCGAAUCCUGGCGACGCUCUACUCCAUCAAAUUUCAGCAGUUUGCCUGCAGCGAGUGCGAGUCUUCGCGGCCCGAGUUUGCCGAUAUGAGGGACCAGUUUGAGCCAAUUAACGACGCCGUUCAGACGUUGCGCUCUCAGGCUAAGCGGAUGGUCAAGUACAGCCAGGGGAUUCUGGCCAAGUUGAACGUGGCACUGGGGAGUAUAUCGGCAAACAACGCCGAGCUGGGACCGACCGUGGAGCAAACAAAGAAUCAGAUCCAGCAGAAGUUUUCGGAGAUCCGCGAGAUCAUUCAAGAGAGACAGAUGACGCUGAUGAAACAUGUCCAGGCCGAGUACUCUGAUAGGAAACAAGGGAUGGAAGACCAGCUCACGAGAAUCAAAGCGGCCUUCAACGAUAUCAGCGCCGCCCAGGGCUCCCUGAAUAGCGUCCUCGGGAAACACGACGUCGAUUUUCUCGUCCACUACCUCUUGGUGUUUCAGGGGAUGGAGAGAGUUUUGAGCGAAGAAGAUCGCAGUCUCCAGCGAACGGUUUCGUACAAGGACAUCCCGUUUUACAUCCCGCUGAGUAUCAUGGAAGACCUGCGAAAACUAGGAGCCGUGGGCGGUGGUACGGUCCCGCAAGAAAUCGAGGUAGAGCUGAGCAGCGUGUACAGCAAUCUCCUGCAGCUCAAGUGGCAGCUGCCUCACUACGCCACUGACGUCCAGUGGUACGAGAUCGAGUACGAGAAUCUACCAAAUACGGGUGAGACGGCGCUGAAGGUGAGCCAGACCCAGAGCAGUUCGUACUUUGACAGCGAACCCCAGUCCAUUAUGGUCCCUGGGAACGUCCUUGCCUCGUACAUCCAGGACAUCUGCCCCGGGUACAAGUACCGAUUUCGGAUCCGAUCGCAGAAUGUGGCGGGUUGGGGUAUGUGGAGCAAGUCCGUAGUGGCCAAGUGCGAUUCGUUCCCGACCUGGAUCAAAGGAAUGAGAAGAAUUCAUCGUAUCCGUAUCCCGACGGACGGAUACUAUCGACUGACGGCAAAGGGAGCAAAGGGUGCGGAUGGGAAGGUGCAUUACGGAGGGCGUGGGGCCAUCAUUAGCGGGUCCUUCCCUCUUAAAUCUGGAGAUGUUCUCAUCGUCCUUGUGGGGACAAUGUCUACGAUGAGUGUGUGUAACACAGGUGGGGGUGGGGGUUCGUUUGUCGCCGUGAACGAAAUCUCCCAGAGCAACUUGCUGAUCGCAGCGGGGGGAGGGGGCGGGACGCGAGGGCUGGAAGAACGCGACGAAGAUGGGUGCGACGCAAACCUCGAGACAUGGGGAACGGACGGCGUGGGGAAGGAGCACGGGAAAGGAGGCACUGGUGGCACGCCGGGGGAAGAUGCAAACUCUGACGGUUUUUCGGGCCCGUGUUGGGGGUACGGCGGUGCCGGAUUUAUGCAGAAUUCGUCAUCAGCGAGAAGUUUUUUCGAGGGGGGGAUGGGGGGUCAGUACGGUGGGUUUGGUGGCGGAGGUGCAGUGGGACUUUACGGA